AUGUAGAGGGAGAUAAUUAAUAGACUAAAACCCUAGGAACAGUUGAAUUUAGUAGCUGUGAUGAAGGAAUUCAUCAUAUUCGAAAGACAAAUUGUUGAUCUCAAGAAUUUAAUGUUGAUAACUCAAGACAUAAGUUGGGAGGCAAUUUCAAAAUUAAUAGGAACAAAGUUGAAUUUUUAGGAAUUUUUAGGUUUGCUCAAGAAAUUCAAACAUGACUGCAAUGUUGAAGUGGCUAAAAGAUUGUUCUCAUGUUAUGAUAAAGAAGAGAAAGGGUUUUUGGAUGAGUCGGAUCUUAAGUUGAUGAUUCUCCCAAAUUCUCUAAUAACCUAAAAUAUCAAUGAUACUGGAGAAAUCAAAAUAGAAGUAUUGAGCAAACUCUUCUAAGUGAUAUUAGAAGUGUAAUUAAAAUAGUUGAAAUGUUUGAGAAAUUAUAAAUUUAAUGCAGAAUUGGCUUUUAGGUUUUUGAGUUAAGGAAGAUUGACAGUCAAUCAAAAUCAUGUUAAGAUGUUUUUGAAAACUAAUGGUAUUUAAUGCACUAAUAAUGAAUUGAUGUUAUUGCACCCUUUCGAUUUGAGUUUAUAAUAAUUUAUUAUUAAAUAUGAAUGCAAAAUCUGA